GCGGGCAGCGGCGCCCGGCACGGCCCCGGCCCCGGCCCGGCGUGCGGCAGGGGCGGUGCUGCGCUGCCCGGCCCCCUCCUGCCUCCCCGCUGCCGCUCGGCACGCCCGGCCCGGCCGAUUCGCUGACCCGGGUGAGGAGGCGGGGGCCAGGCGGCAGCACCGGGCGAUUGCGGCGGGCAGGAAGCGGGCCGGAGGCGGCAGCGAGGUCGAGGAGCGGCGGUAGGGCGGUUCCGGGCCCGGCAAGGACAGCCCAAGGGCGAAGAGCAGCCGCCGCGGCCAUGGCUUCCUCCAAACCGCUGUUUCGCUUCUGGGAAUGGGGCAGGAACAUCGUGUGUGUGGGGCGUAACUACGCGGAGCACGCCAAGGAGAUGGGGAGCGCGCUGCCCCCGGAGCCCCUCUUCUUCCUCAAGCCCUCCUCGGCCUACGUGCGCGAAGGGUCCCCCAUCCUGCGGCCGUACUACUGCAGCAACCUGCACCACGAGGUGGAGCUGGGGGUGGUGAUCGGGAAGAGAGCCCAGGCCGUGCCGCAGGAGGCUGCCAUGGAACACGUGGCGGGUUAUGCCCUCUGCUUGGACAUGACAGCGAGGGACACGCAGGCGGAGUGCAAGAAGAAGGGUCUGCCCUGGACCUUGGCCAAGGGCUUCAGUUCAUCGUGCCCAGUGAGCGACUUCGUGCCCAAAGAGAAGAUCCCAGACCCUCACAAGCUGAAGAUCUGGCUCAAGGUGAAUGGGCAGCUGAGGCAGGAAGGGGAGACCUCCUCCAUGAUCUUCUCCAUUCCUUACCUGAUCAGCUACAUCAGUGAAAUAGUCACCCUGGAAGAAGGGGAUUUGAUUCUGACAGGGUCUCCCAAAGGAGUUGGGUCUGUGCAGGCCAACGAUGAGAUAGAGGCUGGCAUAAAAGAUGUCCUGUCCAUGCGGUUUAAGGUGGCACAGCAGACACGGAGAUCCUAACUGGGACCAUGGCUGAGACCCCAUCUGCAUAGGAAGAGGCUCUUUUGGGAAUAUCUACUGAACGAGGAGAUGCACAGCCUGUCCUGUGCAUUAAACACCAGCGUGGGCCAAGCAUCUAAUGGACUGUCACAUGUCAGAGACACACAACCCAUGAGCUCAAAAGGCAGUUGACUGAACCAGACCCAUUUCCAUGAGGCUUUGGCCUCCUCCGAAGCUGUGCAUGUGGAACCCAACCCAGCCUGGGGCAGAUGGUUCAUGUGUCAACUGUACCUUGGGGCUGUUGAUGGAGUCAGUGGGCUGGGGGGUGGGAUCUGGGCUGGCCAUCACUGUGUAUUCUUCUGUUCUGCUACUGCUUUGAGCCAGGUAUUGCCUUAAAAUAAAAAUUAUACCAUUAAAACCGUGACGGAGCAGCUCAAGCUCACGUGUGCUGUGUAAAAUCAAAAAUGUACCUGUAACAGUGAAUGAAGAAUUAGAGCUUCGGAAUUACUUUCUCUCCUUGGGCAUUCUACAAUAAAAAGAUGUUUGCUUUUUA